AUGACGGCCAGCAACAGUGACGCGGGCAGCACACAUCCCAGUGACCACUGGUGUUGCGUCAUCGGCUACUCGGACAACAGUGAUCCGAACAGGAGUGAGUACUUUCUUGAGUCGAGCACAAAGGCUGAUAUGCUUCGAUGCCAGCAGCAGUUCGGUGACCAGUCCUCGACCUCCAUUGUAACCAUCCUAAUUGCGAUCAUCAUAGUCGUCGGCAUCGCUGUUGUGAUCUCCUUCCUCGUCCUUGGCGGUGACGCUGUGCCCGACGACUUGGUCUGCACUCUAGGUGCAUUCGCGGUGAUAAACGCAAUGUACCCGCCCGAUGGCCUCUGCGACUACCUCUUCUACACGCACGUCAUCGUGUUCAACAAGACUGAGCUGGUGGGCGUCGAGGUGAACGCUAGCUGGACUUUGUUCAAGAAGGAGAUUGCAGCCCGAUCAAUGACGGCAGGCGGCGUCAGCUUCGAUUUCAAGUACGUCACGGCGCAGGCAUUCGACGACCAGGCUAUGAAGAAGCAUCUGGACAAACUGGCUUCAGCGAACAUUAAAAACUACGGCAUACUGAAUAUGGUGACUAGUGUCAAGACUUGGGAUGACUCAAUGAAUAGAGCCCGAGGAACGAUUGCGAAACUGAAGGAAAUUCAAGGCGAUGACAGUAACAGAAAGAUAGUGAUUGCGCUCGGUUUGUUCGAUUACAACGAGCCGAACGCCUGGGAUAAGUACCGUAAAGGCUUCCGAGAUGCCGUCGAAAACACCAUGGCCGACACGGUGAUCGCGAUCAGCUCGAUGAGCAUGGUGGAAUCCUCAGACACAUGCUACGCCGCCCCGACAUCGGUGUUGGACAGUUCUAGACUACAGGAUCCGGCCCGGACAACAGCAAAGUCCUACCCGGACCUCAAAACCCACGCAGCCUUGGUCUCUGCGAACGUCAUGUACAACAAGAACAGCACCAGACUGGGUCUUUCGUUCGAGAUGGGUGCUCUGUUCUACUCGCUGAACGAAACUACGGACUCCCUCGAGAAGAGGGCGUACCAUCCGUGCGAGAGGUUCUACCUCACCGGCUUAGACAUCGUGAUAUUAUUUACCCUCACUUCACUUUCCCGCCUUUCCUUCACACUUAACUACUCACAGCUACGCAUUGCCCUCCUCUCCUUCCCUCCUACUUACUAUCCUUCUCUUCUCUCCUCCUCGUCCUCACUUUCCUUUUACACUCCCUUGCUUGUGGUGUCAUUGUGA